CCCACAAGAGCCCCAUAAUCAAGCUUCUGUUGCUUAGAUCAAUAACAAUAUCCGAGGUUAGGUGUGACUCAGGAUACCUAAGGUUGUCAACCCUUGUCAAUCUUCACACAUAUAAAGAAAAGGAGUCAUGGUGGAAUCUAUGGAAAUUAGCAAAAGAAAAAUUUCGCCAUAUCCAACACUUCCGGAAAUCGAUCAUACAAGAAAUGUAUUUGUGACCCGCUUUGUAGCAAGAUUUGUUCAGAAACACCGGAAGUAUGCAAAACUGCUUCAGGAGAACGGAGCGUCACUUCCGGAAGCGUUUAGUAACUGUUCAGUUAAUUUCUGUGCAACUUUUGAAGACGAAGUUGACAUGAUUGUUAGUGAAAAAAAGAAUAAAAUAAAGAAUGCCUGUCGAAUGAAGGGUGCAUAUAGUAUAAAAGGACUUUUCCGUCAAAUUUAUCAGAUUGUACGCCGUGCAAGAGCUUCACGAAUAGAGAGUAAAUUACUAGACAUUCCUAAUCAUGAUAUAUUGGAAACACUGAGAGACAUUGCGUCAGAGUUAGGGUUUGCGUAUGAAUAUCAAAUUGCCAUGUUGAAAACGGAAGCUGAAGUACGUCUGCUCGCGGACCAUGCUGUUAGUUGUACUAUGAACUUUUUGAAACAGUCUGAUGCAACGCUAAAUAGAUGCCACAUUUUGGAAGCAGUCACAGAUGUUUCACCCAAGAAAAGUUUAAGUCGUGCUGAAAAAGUUCAAACACGAAUUCAAAAGACGAACAAUGUAAAAGUAACAAAGACACAAAAAUGGCGUCUUUCUGAAAUUUUUAAACAACCGGGUCUUCGUAUACCUGAUACUGACGGGAUAGGUUAUAACUUUUUAGGAUGUUUUACGCCUUAUGGAAGUUUAUGCAGACCAGAUAAAUAUGGAUUCCGAGGUCCACUCCACGUCUGGGACGAGAACACAUCAGGAUAUGCUCUUCUUUACAACGAUAAAGUGUCGUGCAAUAGCGGCCAUCGUAGAGAUAUAGAGCGCGAUAUAACAGACAUUCACCAGAAUUAUCAACCAAUUCAACUGUGCUCACACGUGUGUUUAAGUAAUAAGAUGACAAAAGAAGGCAUCGAAUGCAAACUGGACUCAACUAGUAUACAUGUAGCUAAUAAACAGAAUACAACUGACACAUCUGAUUGUUGUCCUGUUUAUGACACUACCUGUGUUGAUAUUAAAGAUAUCACCUUAAACCAGGAUAGAGAAUAUAUUCCUUCCGAACAACCAUCGAUGAUAAACUGUCACUGCUCUACCGAUAACAUUGACAAUAGUUUGCUUACAGAAACAACGAACUCGAUCGGUUCUAUAGAUAACAUUAAUAAUAGUUUGCUUACAGAAACAACGAACGCGGUCGGUUCUAUCGAUAACACAGCUGAUAAAGUCAUAACCGAAAGAAACGGGAAUACAUCUACAUCAAAGCUCCUUUACAGCGGGAUUGACAACAAUGAGGUUUUUCUUCAAAAGAUGGCAGCUCAAAUGAUUCCGGCAUUUUCGUCGAGUCUAACCAUAGGUCACACCAAAGAUUAACUGGUACAAAUAGCGAUGUAGAAAACAGCAAUACACUCAACAAUAAUGACGGACAAAAGUCACCAUUAAAAACUAACUUUUUUGAUGAUAUACUAGUAGCUGCAUAAUCAAUUUGUCUUUAAGGUAUUAGUAAAUAAACUCACCAUAGAUACCAGGACUAAAUUUUGUAUACGCCAGACGCGCGUUAAUUGCACAUAGUGUAGCAGAGAGAGAUUAGUCAUGUAACAUAGAAAGAACAAACGGAAAUAUCUAAUAAAUGGAAUUCUGUCUAUAACGCGAUGUAUGUGUUUACUGGUGUCUUAUUUGAUUAUACUGCUAGGAUUCUUUUAGAUUUUUUUUCAUGCAUUAAAAGUCUUCAUAAAAAUUU